AUGGCGGCGGGUCUUGCGGGCGAGGACGAGACCGCUGCGGCCGAGGCUGCGGGGCGCGGGGGGCCGGGGCCGGGGGCGCCGACGGACCCGGGCGCCGCAGAGCUCGGCGCGCACUCGGACCCCUGCAGCGGCCGUCGGGGCCGCCGGCCUCUUGGCGGGGCUCGCGGGGGCGUUGGACGCGGCCGCCGCGGCGGCGGGAAGUUAGUCGAAGGGACGGAAAAUUGCGGGCCGGGCGGGGCGGGCGCCGGGGCCCCCCUCGCAUCUUCCUCGGGGCCCCGGCGGGGAGGGUCCUGCGGCGGGGCUCACGCUUCUCAAUUUCCGUGUUUUUCCCCUUUUCAGCCGAAACAGCUUCCCGACAAGUGGCAACACGACCUUUUCGACAGCGGCUUCGGCGGGGGCGCCGGCGUGGAGACGGGGGGGAAGCUGCUGGUGUCCAACCUGGACUUCGGAGUGUCCGACGCGGACAUCCAGGAGCUGUUUGCGGAGUUCGGGACUCUGAAGAAGGCCGCCGUGCACUACGACCGCUCUGGCCGCAGCCUGGGAACAGCCGACGUGCACUUUGAGCGGAAGGCAGACGCCCUGAAAGCCAUGAAACAGUACAACGGCGUCCCUUUGGAUGGCCGCCCCAUGAACAUCCAGCUCGUCACCUCACAGAUAGACACGCAGCGCAGGCCGGUACAGAGUGUAAACAGAGGCGGCAUGACUAGAACCCGAGGAUCUGGAGGCUUCGGCGGCGGCACUCGGAGAGGCGCCCGUGGAGGCAGCCGGGGCAGAGGCAGGGGCACCGGCCGGAGUUCAAAGCAGCAGAUCUCUGCGGAGGAGCUGGACGCCCAGCUGGACGCUUACAAUGCGAGGAUGGACACCAGCUAAAGCACCAGCAAGUCCGCGCGUGGAGCUAGGCCUGGACGUCGUCUCGCGCUGCUUCCCGAGGGCGGGCCGGCGGGGCCCUGUGGCCAAUGAUGGAGUUGUUUCUUCUGUUUUAAAAUAGGAUUUAAAACUCAUGUAAAGAUUUCUUUUCCUUUUUUUUUCUUUUUUUUAAAAAAUUCUGAAACAGACCUGUUUUGUACCGAGUUAUUUUUGGGAUAAAUUUUACUGAUUGCUGUUGUGGAGGAGGUGGUGUUUUCACCUUUGCCAUAAUAAACAGAAACGUGUGUAGAA